CAGCUAUCCGGCGCCGAAACACCGAAAGAUACUCAGACGACAGAGCCAUGGCGGCCACGGGUGGAGGGAAAAUUAGAAGCAGGAGAUAUCAUAUUGCCGCUAAACCUUACGCCAAGAGUAAACAGCAGCAGUCAGGCCUCAUCAGUCGAGUGACAGACACAGUAAAGAGCAUCGUUCCUUCCUGGCUGCAGAAAUAUUUCAAGAAUGGCGAUGCUCCUGAAGGAGGAGUGGAUAUACAUGGGACAGAGCAAAACUGCAAACCGCCUCCUCCUCCUAAUGGUAGCGAAGAGGGACCACCUCCCCUCGAUGGACGUGACUCCCCAGAGCCAAGUACUAGUAACACAGAGCCCUCAACAAGCAGAGCAUCCCUGAACUUUCAGGAAUAUGUGCUCUCGCGACCUCCUCUUAGUCGCUCCCAUCUCCACUUCACCCCACUGGAUGCCUCCUCCCCAACUUUGGGGGCUUCCAGUAGCCUCUUCUCACAGCCCUCCACCUCCUCAGCCCCUGGACCCUUUUCCACUGGCUUUUCCUUGGUAAAAGAGAUUAAGGAUAACCUGUCACAGCAUGAAGAUGAUAACAUCUCCACCACAAGUGGAUUCUCCUCCCGUGCAUCUGACAAGGAUGUCCCCACUUCUAAAACGGCAUCACUUCCUCAGCUUUGGUCCCCGGAGACAGACAGAACAAACUCUGGACCUCAACCUUCCCAGUCCAGCCUGAAAAAGCCUGCUUUCAACCUGUCUGUCUUUGGAACAUCAUCCAAUUCCACUUUAAACAGCACUGUGCUGAACUCUAGCCAGCUUGGAGAUUCACCCUUCUACCCCGGGAAGACCACCUAUGGUGGUGCAGCUGCAGUCAGGAGCUUGCGCAGUCGUCCUGGAACACCGUAUCAGGCCCCGGUGAGGAGACAGAUCAAGGCCAAGCCUGCUGGUGCUCAGCCCUGCGGGGUAACCAGCGCCACAGCCAGACGCAUCCUGCAGUCUUUGGAGCGCAUGUCGAGCCCACUUGCUGAUGCCAAGCGAAUCCCUGCAGCAGCCUCAUCCCCCUUACUGUCACCACCAGUGGAUGGUGUAAAUCCAGAUGCGUUACAUCUCCUGUCUAAAAGGAAACGGAUGGACUCUAACCUUCCACCGGUGCAAAAACUUGUGGUUCCUGCUGCUUCUGUGUCAGGAAACCGCUCUGUGUCCUUCAGGCCUACUUUAACCCCCGGAGGAGUGACUCGAGCUGUAGACAGGACUGCAAGAGAUACGCACACAAGACAAUCACCACAGCUUCCUGAAGCGACCCCAGGUCCAUCUCAAAGCACAAAGAGUUCUAGUGGACCAGUUUAUCCUCUGUCCAGCACACCUGCAGUCAGCAGCGUGAGCUCUGGAGGAGGAAAGAUGAAGAGAGGGAAGACCAGUGCUCGGCCCUCCUCCAAACGUCUGGAAGAUGAGGUUGCGGAGGUGCCAGAGCUCCCGGCCAUUUUACUUCCCAUCAGCACAUCUGCAUUACCCACCUUCAGCUUCUCUUCUCCUUUGCCGCCGCUCAACACUUCCACUAGCUCCUCUCCCAAGAUCCCGGCUGUUACUCCUGUUAAGGAAACAGUCCCAGAUAAGGAUCCACCAAGAGCCUCAACACCACUUUUCACAUUUUCCUCCCCUAUUGUCAAAACCACUGCUGCUAGCCCACCUUCCUUUUCCCCCUCUGCUGGAUUUACUUUUAGUGCACCUGUAGCCAAGCUGGGUCCUUCUAUGGUGAAUGGAAAGCUGACCACGCCCAUAGCAGCAGCAGUAAAAGCAGCUGUAAAAAAAAGCACAGAAGACUUUGAAGGACCUUUCAAACCAGCCAAGACCUUGAAGCAGGGCAGCGUCCUCGAUCUUCUCAAAGCCCCUGGUUUCGCCUCUCCAGUUGCUCAGAUAUCCCCAGCUCGCGAUGCUACUCCCCAGCAGACGUCCACACAGUCCACUGCCCCCGCCUCCACCUCUGCAACCUCCUCCAUUUCUUCAACGGGGUUUGGUGGUUUGUUCAAACCCUCAGCAGACUGGACCUGUGAUGUCUGUUUGGUUCCGAACAAGCAGUCAGACACGAAGUGUGUUUGCUGCGCAGCCCCACAGCCCAAGUCUUCAUCCAAAUCCAUGGACAGUAAACAGUCACCCUCCACCUCUGUUGGGCUGGAGAGCAGCAGCAGCACUAACACCACCUCUACCACUACAACCACAACAGGUUUUGGCACAAUGUUUUCCAAACCUGCCGGCACCUGGGACUGUGAUACCUGUCUUGUUAUAAACAAACCGGAUGCAGUAAAGUGCGUGGCCUGCGAAACGGCCAAACCCGGAACGGGACUCAAACCCUCACUGACUCUUUCUUCGGCCUUCUCGCCGGUUAAGACUGUAUCUACUCCUGCAGCCGCAGUUUCUACAGAGUUCACCGGGUUUGGAGACAAAUUUAAAAAACCUGAGGGUGCAUGGGAAUGUGAUACCUGUAUGGUGCAGAACAAAGCAGAGGACACAAAGUGUGUGGCCUGCACGAGUGCUAAACCAGGAGCAUCAGCAGGAGCCUCUUCAUCAACCAGCAGUGCCCCUGUGUUGGGAUUGGCAGAAAAGUUCAAGAAGCCGGAGGGAGCCUGGGAAUGUGAUGUCUGUCUUGUGCAGAAUAAAGCAUCUGAUGUACAGUGUGUCGCCUGUCAGGCAGGCAAACCUGGAGCUAAAGUGGAACCCAAGGCCUUUGGUUCUACUUUUGGUUCCUCAGCCAGUGGAACCUCAGGAUCUUCUGCCUCUAGUACUGGAGGUUUUAAGUUUGGCACAUCAGACAGUACUUCAGCAUCUGGAGCAGGGGGUUUCAAAUUUGGAGGCUCGCUCACUGAGUCGACCUCGUCUUCUUCAUCAGGUGGAUUCAAAUUUGGAGUACCGUUUGGAAGCUCCUCAUCAGAAACCACUUCUAAAGGCACUACUGCUACAUCAGGGUUCAAAUUUGGCAGCUCGUCUGAGAGCUUUAAAUUUGGGGCUGCCUCUAGUGAUGAUAAAAAGUCAGACCAGCCUGCUGCAGGUUCUGGGUUUAAGUUUGGAGCUAGCGGUGGGAUAGCGUUUGGAACUGGAUCUUCUAGCACAGAAGGCAACUCUUCUAAGGGAGGCUUCACAAUUGGACUUUCAAAACCCGAAGAGAAAACAACAGUCACCUCGACAACCUCCUCAUCCUCCAUUACUUUCACGCCUCCCUCCUCUCAAGAAAAUAGUAACAGUAAAACAUCUUUGAGUGACACAGCAUAUACAGACACCGGCUCAGGCAGCAUCUCAGCAGCCACAGCCGGGUCUGUAUUUGGGAAAUUGGGGGAGCCGAGUUUGGCCACCAGUGCACCACAAGUAGUCCCUACUUUUGGGUCCUCACAGGCGGCUAAAGAACCCGCUGCUCCUACAUUUACCUUUGGUAAGCCAGAGGAAAAGAAGGAAGCGGUUACCUCCUCUGCUCCGUCUACCUUCCUCUUUGCUGCUGCAAGUAAGGAUGCAGAUACUACACAGGCCUUCACUGGUGGCUUUUCGUUCAGCAAGCCCAAUGCUCCAACAGAGCAACCUCCACCUGCUUUCACUUUUGGAAAGUCAACAGACAAGAAUGAAACAUCAUCUUCAGAAGCCCCAAAGCCUACCUUCGCUUUUGGAAAAAGUGCUGCAGAACCUGCUUCUGCUGCUCCAAAACCAGCUUUUUCUUUCCUGGCAAGUAAACCAACCAAUGUCACCAACUCCACCACUUCAUCGUCCUCCACCCCAACUCCCAGUCUGUUUGGUGCUGCCAGCGGCAGCAGCAGCAGCAGCACCUCCACAUCGGCCCCAGCUCCCUCUGCAGCUCCAAACACUUUCAUGUUUGGUCAGCCUGCUGCGGCCUCCAGUGACGCUCCUCCAGCUAAAAACUUCAUCUUUGGCCAGAGUCAGGACAGCCAGCCACCUGCCCCCUCAGCUGCGCCUCUCAACUCCACUUCUGCUCCUGCUCCAGCUCAGCCUUUCAUCUUCGGUUCUCCAACCAAUGCUGCUGCUGCUGCUGCUCCUGCUCCUGCUCCUGCCUGCUUUGUGAUCAAUUUGUUUAUGAUCGACAUAUGUAUUUAUGUUUUCUAUUCUUUUUCAAUCACAGCUCCAUCUGCAGGUCCAACCCCAUUUGUCUUCAGCUCGGCUCCCUCUGCUGGGUUCGGGAACAACCAAACUCCUUCAUUUGGAUCAUCUUUCGGAUCUCCUUUCCCAGCCACACCUUCCCAGACCCCAGCUUUUGGGGCCAAACCCAAUCCUCCCCCGGCCUUUGGACAGCAGAGUAACCCCACCCCUGUAUUUGGGCAAGGUGCUAAUCCCGCACCAGGUGGAGGCUUUCAGUUUGGAGGAACCAGUGCAUUUGGAGCUACAACCAACAACACCUCAGGUGUGUUUACUUUCGGAGCAGGAUCUUCAGCCUCCCCUGCUCCCCCUGCCAACCCCUCUAUCGCUCCCCAAUCAGGUGCACCUGGAGGUGGAUUCAACUUUGGGCAAACUCCGACUUUCAAUAUUGGGUCUACAAAAUCAUUCACUGCUACUUCAGGUGGACAGCCAGCAAUCGCAGGGCGCAAGAUCAAGACAGCAGUGCGGCGCAGAAAGUAGAUUGUCGCGGUCUUGACAAGAACUCAGACGUUACUAUGACUCGACUGAAUCCCCACUAAAGCCUGAAUAAACUUCUGGAAGGUUUCAACUGGACAAACACUGAAAUUGCUACCAUUCGGAAAAGGGCAGAGACUGGGCGCAUCAUUCUGUGCUCGGGGUUGGUUGGGUGGGCGAGGUUUAUGUCGGGUUUUGGCUCAGCUGAUUAUUCACAGGUUUUCACAUGCAGAUGGGAGGUUUUAAUGUGUGAGACCACCCCACAGGAUUUGACACUUACACAAAAACUGUUGACCGAACAAUGACACUGACUUAGAGAACAACAAUCAAGCAAACAUCCCCCACACUCGAUAUUAAAAUAAAAAAACAAGCAAGA